ACAAAAGCAUCCCAACCUAAAGCUACAGGUGGCUGUCGGCGGCUGGGCAGAGGGUGGCUCUAAAUAUUCACAGAUGGUUGCGGUGCGUGAACGACGACUCAGUUUCAUACGCAGCGUUGUGCAGUUCAUGAAGGAAUAUGACUUCGAUGGCUUCGAUUUGGAUUGGGAGUACCCCGGUGCUACCGAUCGUGGUGGCACUUUUGGCGACAAGGACAAAUUCUUGUACUUUGUGCAAGAGUUGCGACGUGCUUUCGAUCGUGAAGGACGCGGUUGGGAAAUAACAAUGGCGGUGCCGGUGGCGAAGUUCAGAUUGCAAGAAGGUUAUCAUGUGCCCGAGCUGUGCGAAUUACUGGAUGCCAUACAUGCCAUGACUUAUGAUCUACGCGGCAACUGGGCUGGCUUUGCUGAUGUACACAGUCCACUCUAUAAGCGCAAGCACGAUCAGUGGGCUUAUGAGAAACUAAAUGUGAACGAUGGUCUUGCUCUCUGGGAGGAGAUGGGUUGCCCCGCCAAUAAGCUGGUCGUGGGCGUACCCUUCUAUGGACGCACUUACACACUGAGCAACUCCAACAAGAACUACAACAUGGGUACAUACAUCAAUAAGGAGGCCGGCGGUGGCGCACCCGGACCCUACACCAAUGCCAGCGGUUUCCUGGCUUACUACGAAAUAUGUACCGAGGUACAGGAUGCCACCAAGGGUUGGACCGUGCAAUGGGAUGAACAGGGCAUGGUGCCCUACACCUACAAAGACACACAAUGGGUGGGCUACGAGAAUGAAAAGUCGGUGCAAAUCAAAAUGGACUAUAUCAAGCAAAAGGGCUAUGCAGGCGCUAUGACCUGGGCCAUUGAUAUGGAUGACUUCCGUGGUUUGUGUGGGCGCGAGAAUGCACUAAUGCAAAUUCUCUACGACAAUAUGCACGAUUACACAGUGCCGGAGCCGACGCGCGAAACGACUGAGCGGCCCGAGUGGGCCAAACCACCAGCGACGCCGCCAAAUCCCGACGAGGCCAGUUUCGUGUCACAAGAUGUCACCACGAAGCGUCCGAAGCCAAAGCCCACAGCAACGACAAUCACAACAAAACGACCGUUGGCCGAGCAAACCACCACAACAACAACCAAGAAACCAUCCAAAGGCUCCAAGAAACCCAAACCGAGACCCAAGCCGAGACCAACCACAUCCACAUCCACGACAACAACCACAACAGAAACACCAACAUCAUCAAGCAGCGAGGAAACCGGUGGAUUGGAAGUUUUAGAACCAAAACCGGAGAUUGUUGAACCCAGCGGCGGACAUGUGAUGCCCGAUAUCGAUUGUACGAAUAAGGACUUUAUACCGCACGCAAAUUGUCAAAAGUACUAUCGCUGCGUGCACGGCGAACCAGUUGAAUUCGAAUGCAAGGAGGGCACGGCUUUCCACACAAUUUUGAAUGUUUGCGAUUGGAUCGAGAAUAGCGACCGCUAUUACUGCACCAAAACAAAGAAGAAGGCGCUGAGCAAUGAGACGAAGUAAUUUUUUAUUUAUAAUAAAAACAUUUUUCAUUAAAAAUUAGUGUAAAGAAAGUAUUUGUGUACUAAGUUAAUUAAAUGUAGUAUAUAAGAAUGCGAAAAUGGUA